UUUUUGUUGUCAGCACUCUUUCUAUGCUGCCUGGUAGUUCUUAAUGUGAUUGUGGUUUUCUUUCAAAGUUAAGAUGAAAAUGUUUUGUUGUUUUUUUGUAAUAACAAUAAGCAGCAAUUAUUUCUCAGCUCAUCAUUUGCAAAUGUUCUUCAAGUCGGCUAGCGCACAAUUUACCGAAUGAAAUCAUCGAAACGUCAAAGCGGCGAUAAAAAAAAAUAGGAGGGUUUCUCUUUCAAGUCAACAAGAAGAAAUAAGUCGUCUUGAUGCUGUGCGUCAUGACUGCCGGUUGGAAGUGAUUCCAUCCUGACUGACAGAUAAUGUUUUUUUUUUCCUCCCACUGGAACCACUUGAGAUAAAAUGCAUGUAUGCUUCCUGCUAUUUAAAGCUGAGAAGUUUCCACUGAGUUAUUUCUGUCAUUUCAGCCUGAGAAGCUCAUGCUAAACGCCAAUACAGCAAAUUGCCCUUCAUAACCUUUGAACUUUUCCACAUGUUGUCAUGUUAUGAUCACAAACCUGGAUGUUUUUGAUUUAGAUUUUAAGUGCGUGGCUUUUGGAUAUAGCUUCCUAAAGUCCAUACGCUGUAGAAACACUUUCUGUAAUUAUAGCAGCCAGUUUUUUAGUGCAGGGGUUCACAAACUUUUCAACUCCCCAAACAGCGUCCAUUAUCAUAUUUUUGUUAUUAUUAUUGAUAUUUUUGUGGUUUACCACACAGGUUUCCUAUUUAUGUGCAUUCAUGUAUUUAGUCUAUUGUAGUUGUGCUUCACAGAUUGGAUUUUUACCUACACCCUUCCCCCCCACCUGUUGCAGCAGCGUCCAUUACAGCCGACUGUCUGUCUGUCAGUGUCUCUGUCGAGACGGAACGGCAGGAAGCCUCUCCGCUCCCUGAGGCGCAGCUUUUUCUUUUUGCUGUUGUUUGUCUUUACAGUUCAGCCUGACAGCGCUAUGAGCAGAUGCUCGUUUUUCUACGAAUCCAUCCAGACUCACGUGGGAGGGUCUACAUGUCACGGCUGUGUUUGUUCGAAGGGUAAAAGCAAAUAAAAACCAAACUGUUGCUUCAGCCCGAGUUGUUGUGACAAGUUGCGGUGGCAACGCCUUGGCACUGAAAGCUCAGAGCCAAUCCCACUUGCAGCCUUUGCACCUUGUUCCUAAUUAAAGCCUGAGGUAAAUGCUGCUUUAUUCUUCUGGCCGGACGGGAUCGUCUGCUCGUCUGUCUGCUGAGUUCUGUUCAUGACAAGGCAAACGUGACACAAAACGCUUUUCCACUUUGUGACGGUGUGGAAUCUGUUGAGGUUCAAUUUUGAUCCAUUUACAUGAACUUUCUAAGGCCCUGAAAUGUUGAAACCAAAGGUUUUUAAAGGUGUGCUUUCUUUCUAUCGUGAUAUUAAGUUUUCAUGUAAAAUCACUGCAACGAAAGAUACAAGUCGUCUGGAUUCUUUGGUUCUAGAUUGUGUUUUUUUUCUAUUUUCUUAUAAUGUAGGUCAAAUAUUGCAGAGUUUACUUAUUAUUUUGGCCUCUCUAGAAAAAAAUAAAGUAUCUUUUUUAAUUAGUGUACUUUUUUCUCAGUAAAGUGACAGUAUUGCUGUUUCUCUUCCCCUUUCCUAAAAUAUAUCCAAUUUUCUUUUUCAAUUUUACCAUCUUUUGAAGGUAAAACUCUCUUAAAUCAAUCAAACACCUAUAAAGUGUUAAAACUGCCAGUUUCAUUUCACCUUAACACCCAGAAUCCAAUAAGUCCAAGGCCUUUCAGGGGACGACAAAAUGAAACGGCUGUUUGCUUUGUGAAGCCUGGUUUUCUUUCAUUUGGCCUCUGAGGUUUUCUACAGGAAUCUCGUUCAUGUCCACCAAACUCUGCUCAGUUUGAGUUCAGCAGGAUUUCCAAACACUCUGAUGCUGAAAACAGCAGAAGGGGGUUGGAACAAGGUCGCCAUGUUGCACUACAAUGAAAAACAAACACAUUUGAUUGGUUGUAUUUGUUGAUUAAACUCCAUCUCCAGCACAUCCACGGUCAGCCGCAUAUCAAACCCUGCUCCCCACACCCCUCCAUGCUCCCCCUGCCCCUCUAUUUACCGAACCCUCUCCCCUCUCUUGUUGCCGUUGGCCGGCUGCCUGGCUGGGACCUCCCUCCCUCCCUGUGAGUGUGUUGAGCCGUCCAGUGAAAGCCCGCCCAUAAAUAGGCUAGCCACACCGGUAUGCGUUCAUACAUUUACAAGCAGAGCUCUGUGAUUGGCUCGCAGGCAGAGCACACUGGCAUGCGGACGUAUUACUUCAGCGCUGACACCCAGGAGGACAUGAGCACCUGGCUGAAGGCCAUGAACCAGGCAUCGCUGAUGCAGAACCACCCCGACAGGCUCAGACCCGUUGACCAAGUCACCUCGUUGUUGCAACAAGCUGUCCCGCAGACAAACCAUGUGAAUCACCACAAGAUGAAGACCGUAGACUCUGAAACCACAAAAGCAAUUGUCCACGAAGUUCUGCUGGAGCCCAUUCACCGUAACACAGAAGAGCUCUGCAGCUUUCACCAGGACGCCGGCAACUUCACCCUGGAGCGCCACGCGGGGACCGCCUCUUUGGAGAUGGACAAACAGAGCCCCCUUCCAUCCAGACCGCCAGCCGCCUCCACACUCCCUCUGUCGGACCGCGCAUCCGCCUCUGCUCCCGUGUCCAGGGUGACGUCCCGCGCUCCGUCCCGCUCCGCCUCGACAUUGCCCUCCAGCCUUUGCAUGAGGAACGGCCUGGUGUCCACGCCCAGCCCCAUCCUGGAGCCCAACGGCAUCGCGGCGGGGACGUACCAGAGGGCGCCGGAGCCGGCAGCCUCCGACACGUUCAAGCAUCUGCAGAGGAGGAACACUCUGGAGCAGGUGGAGCAGUGGGUCAAAGUUCAGAAGGCUGAGCAAAGGGGCCCGCCCUCCAGAGAAAACACCCUUCCCCGCCGGACGCCGCCCACGCAGAACAAGUACACCUCCAUGGAUGCCUUUCAAACUUUGCCAAAAACUCCACGCCACAGCCCCCCAUCGGGUCGACUCGGCGAGUACAAGUACGCCCACGACCGCCUGAGCCACUUCCGCCUCACCCCAGACCAGGGGGGCACGGGGUCCAACACAGUGCUGCAGCUGUACGAGUGGCAGCAGCGCCAACAGUUCCGUCAUGGCAGCCCCACGGCGCCAAUCUACACCCCGGCCCCGGAUUACCCGUUCGGGCCCCGCCCCCCGUCCACCGUGCCGCCUUCCUCCUUGUUGCGCAGGUCGGAGGGGUCUCCUCGCUGCGUGUCGGUGCCACCGUCGGCCGCAGACAUCCCGCCACCGGGGCCUCCGCCAGGCACCAGCAGGACGCUGUCCCCCAACCGAAGGCCGCACACUCCUGCCGAACGGGUGACUGUAAGGCCCGCUGGGGACGGGCCCCAGCUGAACGUCCCCUUCACCGUGUCCCCCCGCAGGAGCAAGUCUCAGAUGCUGAAGGCUGCUACUAUUGAGAGACGCUCGAUGCCUUCAACUGGCUACAUCACUCACACAGUCAGCGCUCCCAGCCUUCAUGGCAAGACGCCGGAGGAGCUCACUCUGCUCCUCAUUCAACUGCGCCGCCACCAGGCCAAGAUGGCCGCUGUGCGUCAGCAGACCUUAGCUCAGAUCCAGCGGCUGAACGCUCCCAGAGAGUCCUGCCACCAAAACCGCCUCCUCACCGCUGUCGCCGUUAGCGACAGCCCCCUCCUCCUCAGCGCCACCGCGUCUCCUGAGUCGCACCUCGAAGAUGUCGGCCUCUGCAGCGUCCAGGCUGAUGACACGUACAUGCAGCUGAAGAAGGACCUGGAAUAUCUGGACCUAAAGAUCAGAGCUCUAGAGCCGCUGAUCCUCGCAGUUCACAGUUUACUACUGCACUGCACUGCUGGGCCACUCAGGCCUUUAAUGAACGUAGCUGGAAGUCAGGUGCUGAAGGAGGCGGGGAAGCCUGUCAAGGUUGCAGAAAGCGAUGUGGAUGUGAAGUUGAGUCGGUUAUGUGAGCAGGACAAGAUUCUGAAGGACCUGGAGGCGAGGAUCAGCUCCCUGAAGAACGACAAGGACAAGUUGGAGAGAGUGCUUGACGUGUCUCACCAGCAGAUGGAGCAGUACCAGGAGCAGCCAGCUCAUGUCCACAAGAUCGCCUACCAGCAGAGGCUGCUGCAGGAGGACCUGGUGACCAUCAGGGCCCAGAUUUCCCGCGUCUCAACGGAAAUGGCGCGUGCGUGGGAGGAGUACAACCGGCUGGAGCAAUCAGUGGAGCUCCUAAGGCUGGCACUGCAGGCACACAUGGCCCACAACGACACGUCUCAGCAGGAAAAGGCCGAACUGAAGCGGGAGCUGUGGAGGAUUGAGGACGUCAUGGGUGGUCUUAGUGCCAGCAAAGCCAACUACAAGAUAACUGUGGACUCUAUUCAGAAUCCAGCAGACAGGAGAUUAGUGCCUUCGUUGUCGGACCAGGCAUUGCCUUCCGAUGGCGCGGAGGUCCAGCCUCCCCCCCGCAGCUCCAUCUCCCACACUUUACCUCACAGCACCGUGCCAAAGUGGGCAGAGGAUGACGCCCCGCCCAGGCCGCCACUGCCUCGUCUCUAUGACUACGAGGAGAUGCCCCCCGUUGUGCCCCCGCUCCCCAAGGAGGCCUCGGUCAUCCGCCACACAUCGGUGCGAGGGCUCAAACGCCAGUCGGACGAGAGGAAGCGGGACAGGGAGGGCGGCCAGUACAUUGCCAAUGGAGACUGUAAGACUGAUUUGAGGUCAUACCUGAGCGAACCAGAGCUGCCAGGAAGCAGCCAGCCAAUCACAGCAUCUGAAGCUGACUACCAGUAUUACCCAGGCAAAGGUUUGUUGGGAACCACGUCUCGGCUGGACCAGUCCAACUCCAUCUCGUCCUACGUCACCUUGAGGAGGGCUCCCGGCAGCGCCGCACCAAAGGACCGACCCAAAAGCGCCUUUGAGCGCCUGUCAUCCCCCACGGAGGGCGGCCCGCCCCCCAGCAGCCAAACCCGAGGCCGGAUGACUGCCGAGGAGCAGCUGGAGCGCAUGAAGCGCCACCAGAGGGCGCUGGUCCGCGAGCGCAAGAGGAACCUGAGCCACGGCGAGCGCUCUGGCGGCGGGGGCCCGGCAGCAUCAGGCUCUCAGCGCUCGUCCUCGGCGUCGUCCCGACUGCCCUCCAGCCCCUGCGUGUUCGACUGGCAGCAGGAGCGACCAGGAGCUGAAGGUCAGAGCGACGAAGGCCUGAAUCUGGUCAGAGAGAGGGAGACGAGGGACUCUAAUGAGUGGGUGACGGUCACCGCCAGGCGCAUCCAGGAGGCCGACCUGGAGCCCCUCGACUACGACCUGGACAUCAGCCGGGAGCUGUCCAAACCGGACAAAGUUGUGAUCCCGGAGCGCUACGUGGAGUCGGACCCAGAGGAGCCUCUGAGUCCAGAGGAGCUGGAGGAACGCGGCCGGCGCGCGGAACGCAUCAAGAACCUUCUCACCAGGUCCAGUGUCCAGAACAUCCAGCCAUCAGCAUCGCUGGAAUUCAACGAGCUGGACAACGCCAUGGAGGAGCAGGAGAGGAUCAUGAGCGUCUCCUACGCGCUGGCCUCAGAGGCUUCACGCAAGAGUAAACUGGUCGCAGCCAAAGCUGCUGCUCAGCCCUGAGCCACAGGACCGGCAGAGGAGACUGUUAUACAGAAGGAAACGCCGUGUAGAAGGAGCUCCACAUUUUUCAUCAAAUUAAUUUAUUCAGUCAUUAAAACAAUUGUUUUUUAAAAAUCAUUUUAAUACACAUUUUUGAAGCUUUUUUUUUAAUCACAGAUUUUUACGUAAUGCGUUUUCAUUGCUUCUGCACUUACAUUGCACAUUUUAUGGUGAAUCAUAAAAUGACUGAACUUCCUUUUUUUUUUUGCGUUUGUUUGUUCUGGAUUUUCGAGGUAGAAGUCAGAAUGGACACGCUCGGAUUGCAGUGGGGAUGUUUAGGUGACCGGUUUGUUUGCCGGGUGGAUUGAGAUGCUUUGCUUUAUUUUUUAGUUUUUCCUCAAUACUGUCAUAAAACUGUCAGAAUGUCAAAUAAUUUAAACACAUCAGAAAAACUUAAUGUCAGGCUACUUAAAAUAAAUAUUUAGAUAAAUUGUUGUUUCUGUUUUGUUGUAAUGUGGUUUUAUUUUUAAGAGUGUUUUCAGGUUAUACCACUUCAGGAGAGUCGACUUCUAUCUUCUGCUUCAGAGUUUCUACAGUCAGAAAAAUGUCUUGUUUCCAUACUUUCUCAUAUCCCAUUAUCUGGAUUUGUCUAUCCAGAGUUUUUGCAGGUUCCAUAUUUAAACUGUUGACUGUAAACAGCGUCUGGGCUAAAUUCUUUGGCAACUUUUGUUUGUAUUUUUAAGAAUGGGUUCAAAUUUGGGAAUUGAAUCAAGAAAAAUAACAGCAGUUUUAUUGGAAAAUUACAUGUCCAACAUGUUAAAGUAAUCGUUAACCCCUUUAAAGCUUUCUCCAAUUUUCAGAGCCGUUUUGUUUUCAAUCGUUUUUGGCACUAGCAGCCUAUAUUCAGUUAUCAGACCAUAAAUAAAUUCCCAACAGCUUUAAUUAUGCUGAGGAAUUUUUUUAAGAUAACAGAAACGCGACCUUAUUGAUUCAAGCAGACAUUGUCCGUGAACAGUGGAACUUAGAGGUAUUGCUGAAUUAACCAGUGAGAUUGCAUCCCUUAAAGCUCAUCACACCAACUGUGUAGAUCACAUAUAAAAUCAAAAUUAGAUAAAUAUUGCACAUAUGUGUUUGUGUUCAAAAACACCCAACAGCUUCCUGUUACAGCAGCUGUUUUAAAAUGAUCAAACGCCUCCAAAUAACGGAAAACUACAAAAGUCGUAUCUACACAAAUCACAUUUAAUGGCAAAUAAUCUUGUUUCGUCCAGCACAUUUCAAGGCAGACAGCAGGACAGUUAAAAUGUUCAAGUGAAAUAAAAACAGGUUCAUUUGCCAGUCAUAGCAUUAUCUUACACUACAACAUCAAAAAAA